UUACGCACGCAUCUCUUACUUGAAACAUUGUUGGCCUUAAUCGAUCUCUUACACAUGCAAAAUUGGGCCAAUAUCAACAUUUGCCAUAGUGUAAGAAUUUUUUAUUAAUUAUUUAUUUAUUGCAUAUUGGCUAGCUACAAAAUUGUAACAUAUUUACUUAACGGAGAAUACUGGGCUGGACAAGAUGGCCAGCUGCAAUUUUCAGGCGCAGUUGGUAUCUGUUAUGGAGGUAUUAGCUAAAGCAGCUAUAGCAGAAAUAAACAAACGUGUAGAUGAUAGCUGUGCUGUUAUACGUUUGGAAAUUACCCAAAGCCAGCGAGAUAUUGAUGUACUAAAAAGGAAGUGGCAAAUGAUGGAGAGCGAGUUGAAGAAGACGCGAGGACGAGUCAGAAGAAAAGUUUUUUACCCCAUGGCAUCAGAGAGAUCUUCAUAUCCAGUCAAGAUUGUUUUGAACAAGCAGAGUAGCUCACAGUGGAGAGACGAAGAGCUGGCUGUUGAAGAAGACUCUCAACCACAGCCUUCAGAUGUGGAGCAGAGAGUGGAGACUGAACCCAUACUGAUCAAAGAUGAGGAGACAGCAGAGGACGUGUGGAAGACUGACCCUCAGGAAGAGCUCAGGAUCACUGGAGAGGAGUCUGGUUCCAAGCCUGGGAAACCACCAUCCUUUGAGCAACGGCACUCUGAUGUGGACUUCAUUACACAACCCAGCAUGUCUCCCGAAGACUCAGUGGAACAUUACCCCAAUUCUGAUCGUCCAGAGGAACCAAGAACACCCCGGCUCGCAUCUACAGAGGUGUUCAGCGCAGAGCAGCACCGGCCGGACGAGGACUCACUAGAGCUAGUGAUGGUGAAGAAUGAGAAAGAGGAGGAGCUGGGUCAGACCACGGCCCUGGCAGGACCUGACCAGUUUGUCAUGGAUGAGACUGAUGGGCAGCUGUGGACCUCUGUGGAUCCAGGCGGAGACACUGACCCUGUCUGCCACCCAGAUUUCUCCUUUCAUUCCACAGAAGAGUACUCUCAGAAUAUCUCAAUGGUCCCAUCUCAUAGUGGGCUGUCAUCUGUUCCUACUAUGACAGAUGAUGUAGGGCCAUCGCUUCACUCUUCUAUAGGAAAAUCACAUGCUAACAUGUUCAGUGCAGCAGCACACAGGAAAAGACAUGUCAGGACAUUGGCUGAUGAGACUAGACAACAGAGGCCAGAGGGACAGAGUAGCGAAAGGCUGAACUCAAAUAAUGAUGGAAAUAGUUUAGCUCUACAGUCAAGGCAGCAUCAGUACGGGGCUUCAGAAGCAACAGUGAGAUUGAGUGAGUGCAUGACAGGGUCAAACAUGGCCACCACCUCCACCUUCUCUGGAUACAGCCUGAGUCACAGUAGUUUUAACAUGGUGAAGAGAAUGAGGACUCAGUGGAGAUCAGGCGGCACCACCGAGAGGCGUUUCAGCUGCACCUUCUGUGGGAAGAGCUUCCAGCGUUUCUGCCAGCUCAAAGUCCACCUCCGGAGUCACACCGGAGAGAAACCGUACACCUGCGAACAGUGUGGCAGGAGUUUCACCCAGCAGUGCAACUUGAUCAGACAUGCUGUAGUCCACAGCGGGGAGAAGCCCUUCGAGUGCAAACAGUGUGGGAAAUGCUUCACCCAGCGCUCUAGCAUGAAGUCACAUCAGAAAACUCACAUAGGAGAGAGUCCAGUGUCUCAAUACGUGGUACCCGCAUACCCUCGGGAUCCACACACAAGUUUAAAGCGCAACUGAAGGCAAUAAACAUCUUCUGAUAUAAAAAGGCUUAUGUAGCCCCGAUGAGUCAGAAACAUUUAUUCUAUUGUCAAAUUGUAAAUAGGAUAAUUAUGUUCAUAAUUUCAGUCUUAUCCAAAACUGAGUUUUGUAAGUAAGUUCAACAGAACUUACUUUAGGGUUGGGUUUUGAUUUGAACAAUGCUCACUUGCCCACUAACACCGGAUACACAGCUGUGGUGAUUGCGCUCUAUCCAAUCCACCGUAGAACACAGCUGUUGAGACACACCUGCCCAUCUCACUUUUUGCACUUUGUUUAACUUGAGAAAUACAGCGCCAAACAUCUUAACUAUAUGUAGUAUUACGCAACUAAAACCUCCUCGGCAAAACCGUCCAAGUUAACUCAAGAAGUCUAUCUUAGAUUCAUAAUACUGGCAUCGUUCCUAUGGUGUCUCAUGGGGGACAAACAUUAUUAACUGCCACAUCGAACCACACCCCCAGUCUGAAAUCAUUUUUUUCUUAAAGAGCAACAGAGAAAUGUGGAAUUAGUGUGUUCAGUCGCUCUUUAAUGUUGUCUCAAACCAGAUGAAACAAAUAGAUAAUAAUUGCAUAGUUUUCCUGUAACACUUUCUAUGUAAAAAUGUGUUACAGAUGGUAUUUUGAGACAUUUUGACAAGCUUUUCCUCCAAAAUGAUUUGUAAAAUGGUUUUCAUGUUUGACUGUUGACGGCUCCUCACUUUAAUUUCAACAACCUAUUUUCAACUGGUAAUGUGUAGUUGUACCAUAAAAUCAUAAAAACCAUGCUAUAUUCAAUAACAUAUAUUUAAUGAAAGAGUCAAUUUGCCAAAAUAAAAAGUUUUAGCUUCACUGUCUAAAUAAAUAGCAGGGGAGUGUUUAUGUAUGUGCCUUAACCCUAAGUAAAGAACCUCAAUGUAAAUCAGCUAUAAUGCAUCAAUAGUUACUUGAAAUAUAUCAUGAAAUUAAGUUUACAUUAAACUAGUUUAUGGUCUUUGUUUGCCAGCUGUGUUUCAAACAAGUUAUAUACUUUUUUCUAUCCUUUAAUAAAUACCAUACCACA